AUGGUGAUGAUUACUGCUUGGAUCACUGACCUUUUCGCUUGUAUGGGUGGUUGUUUUGGGUGUUGUAUGAAACCCACACCAAUAAUUGCUGUGGAUGAACCGACAAAGGGACUAAGAAUUCAGGGGCAGACAGUGAGAAAACCACACAUAUCAGAUGGUUUCUGGAGUUCAAGCACUUGUGAUCUGGAUAAUGGCAACAUUCAAUCUCAGAGAAGUAUCUCGUCUGUCAGUACAUUAAAUCAAAUUCUCUAUCAUAGUGGUGGAACUUCUACUACAGGCACCAAUUCUGAAUUUGUAAACCCAGGCCUUCUUCUCUGGAAUGAAAGUAGGCUCCAGUGGGUUGGAAGUGAAAAAUCUAGCAAGCCUAGCCAACAAAAACAAGAACCAAGACUGAAUUGGAAUGCUACUUAUGAAAGUUUGCUUGGGACUAGACAACCUUUCCCCAAGUCCAUACCUUUAUCUGAAAUGGUCGAAUUCCUGGUGGAUGUUUGGGAGCGUGAAGGGAUGUAUGGUUGA